AUGUUAAUAAAAAGACGAGAAGCUAUAGAGAGAGCUAAAUUAAACUCAACUUGUAAUACAAUAAUUAGUACCUUAUUUGAAGUGUUGUUCAUACUUCUUAUAUGUGAUCUUUCGGGUUUGGUGUAAUUGGAUAAACCUUUAUAAUAUGUUUCUGCAGCAAAUGCAAUUAAAGAUUAAAUUCCAGAGAGGAAUUUUAUAUCAGUAUCUUAAACGGGCACUCUUGAACCACUUAAAGGAUAGCAUAUUGAUAAGGUUAAAGUGAUUAAACCUAUAAUUGAUCAUAGAUAAUAUAGAUAUUUAGAAUGGGAAAAUCAUUUGAAAGUGUUAUUAAUACAUGAUCCUGAAUCUGAAAUGGCAUCAGCUGCUAUGGAUGUUAAAGCAGGAUCUUGGAAUGAACUUGAUGAGUUUCCUGGAUUAGCUCAUUUUUGUGAACAUAUGUUAUUCAUUGGAUCUCAGAAAUACUCCAAAAUAUUUCUAAGUCUUUGUGGAGGAAUUUCUAGAAGUUUCUUACUAGAAUCGAUACCAUUUUCCUCAAGUUUUUAAAAGAAAAAUCCCAGAUUUUGUUCCUUUCAAUUUUGA